UCUGCAGAUUCCGACCUGCCUUACCCUCCACCCCAGAGGGAGCCCAACAUCUACAUGGUGCCCCAAGGAAUUAAGCCUGUUCUCCAGCGAACGGCCAUCGAGGUCUUGGCCUGGGGCCUUCGAAACCUGAAGAGCUACCAGUUGGCCAGCGUGACGUCUCCCAGCCUUCUGGUGGAGUGUGGUGGGCAGAUGGUCCAGUCAACUGUCAUCAAGAACCUGAAGAAGAACCCCAACUUUGACAUCUCCGUCCUCUUCAUGGAAGUGCGUCUGCCAAGGGAAGACCUCUACUGUCCUCCCAUCAUCAUCAAAGUCAUCGACAACAGGCCCUUUGGCCGCAAACCUGUGGUGGGCCAGUGCACCAUCCGAACCCUGCAAGAAUUCUUCUGCGACCCCUACAAAGAAGACGCCGUAUUUCCUGAAACCCACGCAGAUGACACGACCCUCACCCCAAAAGACGAUGUUCUGAUUGACAUCGAUGACAAAGAACCUCUCAUCCCCGUCCAGAGCCAGAAGACGGUGGUCGCAAAGAACACGCUAAACCCCACCUGGGAUCAAACGUUGAUCUUCUACGAGAUCGAAAUCUUCGGGGCUCCCCAAAAUGUUGCUGAAUCCCCUCCCGACAUCGUGAUCGAAAUCUACGACCAGGACACUUACAAAAGAACUUUGCGCCUAGAUCUGAACCCUGAACCCCCCCUUGUGGCCGGCCAGAAUGGCUCCGGAAGAAGAUCCAAUAAGUUGAAGCUACAAAGCUCCGGGCCCAACCAGUGGAGGGAUCAGCAGCGCCCCUCCCAGCUCCUCCAUCGCCUCUCCUGGCAGCUCCACGGGAAACCCCCCCUCUGCAGAACGGACCAGAUCAUCUUUGGAGACCAGACGUUCCGCCUCUCGGACCUGGAGGACAGCGAGCCCCCCAACCCCCACCUGGGCCCCCCGGAAGAACGGCUCGCCCUGCACGUCCUGCAGAAGCAACGCCUGGUCCCUGAACACGUGGAGACCCGGCAGCUGCACAGCCCCCUCCAGCCGGACAUCGAACAGGGCAAAGUUCAGCUUUGGGUGGACCUGUUUCCAAAAUCCCUUGGGCCACCGGGACCACCAUUCAACGUGAGCCCGCGAAGAGCGAAGAGGUUCUACUUGCGUUGCAUCAUCUGGAACGCCCAAGACGUCAUCCUGGAUGAUCUCAGCAUCACCGGCCAGAAAAUGAGCGACAUCUACGUGAAAGGGUGGCUGGUCGGCUACGAGGAGAACAAGCAGAAGACAGAUGUGCACUACAGGUCAUUGGGGGGCGAAGGCAACUUCAACUGGAGGUUUGUCUUCCCCUUUGAUUAUCUCCCUGCUGAGCAGGUCUGCUCCGUGGCGAAGAAGGUGAGCGCCUGGAAAGAAAUUAAAGGUUUUCAAGUGAAAACCCAAGAAAUCCCUGUUGCCUUUGGAGAAAGGGCCUUUGGGACUUCAGCGCUUUCGCUGAGCCCUGAGCUCGGUGGGGCCUUCACCUUCCCUGGCAAGCCCUUCGCUCAACGGAUGCGGGAGGGUGGAGCAGAGAGCGGGGUGCGGUGUGACCCUUACGUGAAGAUUUCAGUGGGGAAGAAGUCCAUCAACGAUCAGGACAAUUACAUCCCCUGCACCCUGGAUCCGGUCUUUGGAAA